AUGGGGCCCCCCAGUGACCCUCUUCAAACCCUUUCCGAAGAAGAAAGAAGAAAUUUGCUGCUGCUGCUCACAGUCGAUGCAAUUACUCAACUCCUAGACACAGCCAAGGCCCCCCCAGGGGGCCCCCCGGGGGCCCCCCAGGGGGCCCCCCAGGGGGCCCCCCAAGGGGCCCCCCAGGGGGGCCCCCAGGGGGGCCCCCAGGAAGGCCCCCAGGGGGGCCCCCAGGGGGGCCCCCAGGGGGGCCCCCAGGGGGCCCCCUCUAGGGUCCGGGAGAUAAAUGAACUUGCUGCUGCAGCAGCGCAGCAGCUGCAGCAAUUCCGGAAGGAGCUGGACCUGCUGCUGCAGAAGCUGCCUUUGGGGGGCCCCCUCCCAGUACCCUCGGGGGGCCCCCCAGUACCCUCGGGGGGCCCCCCAGUACCCUGGGGGGCCCCCCCCUCGGGGGGCCCCCCAGUACCCUCGGGGGGCCCCCCUAGGGUUUUGCUGCACGUGUUUGGGGCCAGUUCUUUUUCGAGUUUGUCUGCUGCAGUUGAAGGGCUUUUGGAGCUGCUGGCGGCUUCGCUGGCAGCAGCAGCAGCAGCAGCAGCAGCAGCAGCAGCAGCAGCAGCAGCAAAUAAAGGAAGCAAAAUCAGCAAAAUGAAUAAUACCCUCGCUUUGCUGCUUGAGAUCCUCAAGCGCCUGCUGCUGCCCCAACAGCAGCAGCAGCAGCAGCUGCUGCUGCUGCAGCAGCAGCAGCAGCUGCUGCUGCUGCAGCAGCAGCAGCAGAAGUGUCUGGAGCCGCACCAGCAACAGCAGGGACAGCAGCACCUGCAGGAGCAGCAGCUGCAGCUGCAGCUGCCGCAGCAGCUGCAGCAGCAGCAGCAGCAGCUGCAGCAGCAGCAGCAGCAGCAGCAGCAGCAGCAGCAGCAGCAGCAGGUGCUGCGGCGGGGCUGGUUUUUUCGCAGUUUGUUUGGCCAGUGCAUGCACUUCUGCAGCCGCUGUUUGGAAGUGAUAAUAACACUGCAGCAAAUGGAAUUAUCUGCUGCUGCUGUCAGCAGCUUCGGCUUGAGUGUGCUGCAGCUGCUUGCUGCUGCUGCUGCUGCUGCGUGGCCGCUGCAGUUGGCUGCGCAUGCGCUGCAGCAGCCAGCAGCACCCAGCAGCAGCAGCAGCAGCAGCAGCAGCAGCAGCUCCUUCUUCGCUGCUUUUGCUGCUGCAGUUCCUCCUGCUGCUGAUGUGCCCACUGCAGCAGCAAGCAGCAUCUGCGUACACGAGCUGCUGCUGCUGCUGCUGCAUUGCCUGCACCGCAGCCUCAGCAGCAGCAGCAGCAGCAGCAGCAGCAGCAGCAAACUUGAGAAUUCCGAGCUGCUGCUGUGGGCCUUAAGAGGCCUUUAUUACAUGGCCUGCUGCUUCAGCUGUACGUACACCCCAAUCGGCGACAACGCAGCAGCAGCAGCAGCGGGAACCACAGCAGCAGCAGCAGCAGCGGGGACCACAGCAGCAGCAGCAGCAGCAGCAGCAGCAGCAGCAAAUGCAACAGCAGCAAGAGAUGCAGCGCUCAAAGUUUACCCCGGCGUCGCUGCCUCGCUCUUCAGUCUUCUUAUAGACAGCAGCAGCCCCAGCAGCAGCAGCAGCAGCAGCAGCAGCAGCAGCAGCAACAACAACAGCAGCAACAGCAGCAGCAGCAGCAGCAGCACGGGCUUGUCAGGGUUGCGCCUCUCCACUAAGAUUGCAUGUGCUGCUGCUCUUGCUUUAGGCCAGUGGAUGCAUGCAGCCCUAUCUCCAACAGCAGCAGCAGCAGCAGCAGCACGUCGUGCAGCCCCAGCAGCAACAGCAGCAACAGCAGCAACAGCAGCAACAGCAGCAACAGCAGAUGCUGCGAAAUACGCGCAGCUGCUGGCGCUGCUCAGAAGCAGCGGCGCUUUGAAGGAGACAAAAGAGACAAAAGAGACAGCAGCAGCAGCAGCAGCAGCAGCAGCAGCAGCAGCAAAUACAACAGCAGCAGCAACAGCAGCAAAUACAACAGCAGCAGCAACAGCAGCAGGAGCAGCAGCAGAAACAAUGGAGCUGCUGCUGUCCCCCGCAACAGCGGAAGAUCUUGAUGCAGCAAAAGCAGAAACAGCCUGGAGACUAGAACAGCAGCAGCAGCAGCAGCAGCAGGGGGAGCAGCAGCAGCAGCAGCAGCAGGGGGAGCAGCAGCAGCAGCAGCAGCAGCAGCAGCAGGGGGAGCAGCAGCAGCGGGGUCUGAAUUGUGGGAAGUUGCUCUGCAAAGUGCUGCAGCAGCAGCAGCAGCAGCAGCAGCAGCAGCAGCAGGGGGCUGCUUCGGUCUUCUCUACCAGCAGCAGCAGCAGCAGCAGCAGCAGCAGCAGCAGGGAAGCAAGUGUUGCUGGGGACGUGUUGAUUAGCUGCUCUUUGGACUUGGAAUCUGCUGCUGCUUCUCUCUGCCGCAUUUGUCGCCUGCGAGCACCCAGCAGCAGCAGCAGCAGCAGCAGCAGCAGCAGCAGCAGCAGCAGCAGCAGCAGUGCUGCUGCUGCAGCAUUUUUGGCCCCUCACCACGGGGCAACUGAAGCAGCUUUGGAAGCAGAGCUUUUAAUUAAGCGGCUGUACCCCCCAGCAGAAAGAGACACAGCAGCAGCAGCAGCAGCAGCAGCAGCAGCAGCAGCAGAGGGGGGUCCUGGAGCGGCAGCAGCAGCAGCGGCGGCAGCAGCAGAACUUGCUGCUGUGCUGCCUCCCCCCUUCGAGCUAGCUGCUGCUGCGCAUUCGCCUGCUGCUGCUGCUGCAGCAGCAGACACAGUGAGGGCCCUCUCCUGCUGCUUGCUGCCGCUGCAGCGGGGAGAGCUGCUGCUGCUGCUGCUGCAGGCAGCAAAGCAGAAGGGCCUUCAGAGGGCCCCCAGGGGGGCCCCCUGGCUGCUGCUGCUGCGGCAGUGUGAGUGUCUCCUUGCUGCUGCUCUGCUGCUGUCUUCGAUUGUCAGCAGCAGCAAAGUCCAGAAACUGCAGCAGCAAACCCAAGACCUCUCUUACUUGGAUCAGGCGCUGACGCUGCUGACCGAGCUUCAGCAGCAGCAGCAGCAGCAGCAGCAGCAGGAAUUUAACCGGCAGCAGCAGCAGCAGCUGCAGCAGCAGCAGCAGCAGCAGGAGCUCCCCCCGCAGCAGCAGCAACAGCAGCAGGAGCAGCCUCCCUGCAGCUGCCUGUACUGCUGCCCGGAAGAAGACCUGCACACUGCAGCAGCAGCAGCAGCAGCAGCAGGGCCCCUCCCCUCAGCAGCAGCAGCAGCAGCAGCAGCAGCAGAAAGUCUUGACUGCUUCUUCGCGCUGCUGUUCUGCUGCAUCAGCUUUUGUGCUGAGGGUCUGGGGGCCCUCGGGGGCCCCCCUGCUGUCUCUGUUCAUUUGCCUUAUGUUAUUAUUGGUUUAGUGGAGGCAGCAGGCAGCAGCAGCAGCAGCAGCAGCAGCAGCAGCGCAGCAGCAGCAGCAGCAGCAAGGAAGGCGCUGCAUGCGUUUCACGACGCGGCUGGCCGCUGCAUGCACAAGAAGGCAAUUAAUAGAGAGACAAAAGAGGGUUUUGAUUCUGCUGCUGAAGAAGCUGCUGCUGCUGCUGCUGCUGCUGCUGCUGCUGCUGGGGCUGCAUGCAAAGAGUGCAGAGCUGUGAGAGCAGCAGAAGCAGCAGCAGCAGCAGCAGCAGCGCCAGCUGCAGCAGCAGCAGGCGAGUGCACAGACGGAGCGCGGUGUCUGCUGCAGAGCGAGGGGGCUUUGCUGCUGGACGAACUGGCUUGCCGCAUGCAGCAGCUGCAGCAGCAGCAGCAGCACGCGCUGCUGCUGCUGCAGCAGCAGCAGCAGCAGCAAAUGCUGCUGCUGCUGCAGCAAGAACCUCGAGUUGUCUCUUUGCUCUCUGCUGUUAUUGCUUUGGCUCCUCCCUCCCUCAUGGGGUCUGUCGGUUCGCUGCUGCAGCUGCUGCUGCAGCAGCAGCAGCAGCUGCAGCACCAGUUGCAGCAGCACCUGCUGCAACGCCGCUGGCGCAACCAGCAGCAGCAGCUGCUGCAGCAGCAGCAGCAGCAGCAGCAGCUGCAGCAGGAAGUGCCCGUCUGGCUGCUGCGGCUCUUUGCUGCUUUCUCUUAUUCCAUUUCUGCUGCUGUUGCUGCUAGCCGCCGUUGCGCACUGCAGCAAAACGGAGCGAAGCAAUUUGUCUGCUUUGACUGCUGCUGCUGCCGCUGCUGCUGCUGCUGCUGCUGCUUUGCCAGCAGCAGCAGCAGCAGCAGCAAUUCUCUUCAGCAGCAGCGACGCUUCUUAAAGUCCUCACUUAUGAGGCAGAGGGUCUCCCGCCAAGGGCUGUGGGCCAGCAAGAGCAGCAGCAGCAGCAGCAGCAGCAGCAGCAGCAGCAGCAGCAGCACAGCAGCAGCAGCAGCAGACGAUGACCCUGAGGUAGUGAGUUUGCUGCGGGCAGCUGCGCUGCUGGGGAUGAACGAAGAUGCAGAUGAAGAAGAUCUUUUCAGCAGCAGCAGCAGCAGCAACAGCAGCAGCAGCAGCAGCAGCAGCAGCAGCAGCAGCAGCGAUUUAGGGUUUGCUGCAGCAGAGGGGCCUGGGGCUGAUGUGACAGCAGCAGCAGCAGCAGCAGCAACAGCAGCAGCAGCAGCAGCAACAGCAACAGCAAUAGAUUUCCGCUCUUUGCGUCAUUCUGCUGCUACUCUUCUGUGUCUGGUUCGGCUGCACUUGAGAGACAACACUGCUGCUGCUGCUGCUGCUGCUGCUGCUCCAGCAGCAGCAACAGCAGCAGCAGCAGCAGCAGCAGCAGCAGCAGCUUUGUCUCACUUAUCAGUUUUUCGCUGUUUGUUUGUAUUGACAACAAAACAAAGAGACAUUUUGCCCUCCAUCCACGAGGGCUGA